AAAUGCUAUAAUUAUCAGAUUAUUAGUGUCAGGUCUAAGGCCCAAGAAACAUUGUGGCAGGUUUUACAUUGGGCGGUCAAUAACGGCACACUUCCCCAUGGCAACGUUGUUAUUUUGAGAAGCAAAGGUAGUCUACUGUCUUGUGAAAGAAGACUGAAUACUAUGGAUCGUCAUCGUGAGUCAAGUCAUGAGCAACGCCAACGCCAAAAAAUGAGCAGAACUGGAUUAAGCAGGGCUGGAAUGAGUGAGUCUGAGUUUAUGGCAAGACAAAGAUACUUGGAAAACUCUAGUACUCGUGCAAUCAGUGACCAUUCAAUGGCAGUAGCAUCUCAACCAGUGAUACCGCAAUUGCUUAGCAGUAACGAAGUGCAUAAAUAUGUAAAGGAGCAACGUGAAAUCAUCAAUAACUUUCGUUCACAACCAUGGCCAAUGCAAAUGAAAAUGGCUGCACUUAUGAUGUACAAGGAAAAUGUUGCAGUUUAUGCUGGCCAAAUGAAUACACUUGAUACGUUCAAAGAUAAUUUUUCCAUAGCAACAGGAGCUUUUCGUAGGAGGUUUCGAAAUAUUAGGUCGUCACUAACAAUAUGGAAUUCUAUCAUUAAAAGAAUUGAAGGACGAUUUGGUUCUAGUGUUGCCUCAUUUUUUAACUUCUUACGAUGGUUAUGUGCUCUUAAUUUGAUCAUGUCAUUUAUUAUUUUGGCAUUUCUUGUGCUCCCACAGGCAAGCAGUGGGCAUGGAUUGCAAGUUCCUGCUCAAAUUCGGGAAAAUGGGUCACCAUUGUCAUUCAUUGUGGAUGGAAAAGGAUACCUACUUGAGUAUUCAGUUUUAUUUCAUGGAUUUUAUGAUAGUGGAAAGAAUGAGCCAUACGUAGCUCCACCACAUAACCCUAACCCAGCUAUAGGAACAGGAUAUAAAUUACCUUUGGCAUACUUAGGAGUUAUUGCAGCUAUAUUUGUUGUUUGCAUAUUAGCAAUAUUAGUCAGAAUGGUUAAGAAGUACAAAAUUUUACAGAAGGCAAGCAUUUCAGAGCAAUAUCUUUUUGCUUGGAAGGUGUUUGCAAGUUGGGACUUUACCAUUACUUCACAUGAAACAGCAGUCUAUAAGCGUCUUCGUCUCACUACUUUGCUUAAAGAAACAAUUGUAGAAGCAGAUUCUAAUGACAGACAAACAUCUUGGAAGUUGAUAGUUAUACGACUUGCUGUUCAUGUAGUUUUAUUUAUUUUGUUGUGUGCCAGUGCAUAUGCAAUUUAUUUGGCAGUUGAAAAUAUUGACUAUUCUACUGUUUCUGUCAACUUUGUUGAUGCUCUUAAGUUAGGACUGAAAGGAAUAUGGUUAAUUAUGCGCUCAUUUCAGGUUCAAGCAGUAAUAGUUACUUGUAACUUUGUUUUCCCAAUAAUGUUCCAAGUGGCUCAAUUAAUUGAGCAGCAUCAUCCACGAACUGCAUUAAAAGUAAUGCUUGCAAGGUUAUUUGUAUUAUACAUAACAAGCUUGUAUGUACUAAUCAUUGCAUUGUUUACUUUUAAUAGGACAUGUGAAAAUACAACUACUGUUUUAACAAAUGCAACAUUUAUUGAUAGUGAUGAGAAUUAUUGCUGCUGGGAAACUGUAAUGGGACAGGAAUUAUACAAGCUCUCUAUAACACAUUUCUUUGCCGAGUUGUUCAGUAUAGCUGUUGUUGAUAUUGCUCGAUGGAUAGCAGUUAAAACAUAUAUAUGUCCAAGAAUUAGUGAAAAGUUUGGCCUUGCUGAAUUCAAUUUAGCAAGGAAUAUUUUGAAACUUGUAUAUGGACAGGCUUUAGUAUGGUUUGGUGUCCUCUUCUGCCCUCUUUUACCUAUUAUUAAUUUACUGAAGUAUAUUUUACUGUUCUACAUACGUGCCCUUGUAGUAUCUUUAUUUAAUAAGCCACCACAGACAUUAUUUCGAGUGGCAUCGACAAAAACAUUCUACAUGGCAUUAUUAUUGUUGAAUAUUUUCUUGUGCAUUUUUCCUAUCAGCUAUGCAGUCAUACAAGAAGUUCCGUCAACGACAUGUGGACCAUUCAGGGGCCUUCCUAGCAUGUCACAUGCUGUAACAUAUGAAAUAGAUAGGUGGCCAGUAAUUAUACAAACAGUAGUCAAUUAUGUGAACACCCCAACUAUAAUAAUACCAUUAAUAGGCUUGUUGUGCAUUGUUAUCUCUUACUUUGCUUCUUUGGCAAAUGCUCUAAAGGAAGUGAACAAAGACUUAAGAUUGCAACUUCACUUGGAACUAAAGGCAGCUCGUGAUAAAAUAUACAGAGAUGCUAUCAAAUUAAAAAAACAAGAUACUGAAUCAGAAGACUUGUCUUCUUUCAGUCUCAUCAGGAGACAUGAGCAAUUACAGCAAGAACUUAACAGUGAACUCACUCAGCGUUUCAGCAAAACAUCUAACACAAUGUUUUCGUAUGUACGACCAUUCGAGCAAGUUCAAAUCAAUGAUUCUUUUGCAUCAGGAUCUAGUUCUUCUGAUUCAUCUAGAAUAAGAUCUGACAAUUACACUGACAUUUCUACAUUGCCAAGGAUCCAAGCAUCUACUGACAUAGAAAAUGAUGAACUGCCAGUCACUGUUUCAACCUUCCUUCCUCCUAAAAAUAAGGAAACUUUGAAGCAUCAUCAAAGUGCUGAGAAGGAAAGAAGUCAGCAGGAUAGUGAAGGAUCGGUGAAUCCACAAAGAAGACAUUACAGUGCCCCCACUCCACAAAUAACUGUUGGAUUUGUUAAUAGCAUUCAUGGAAGACCGAGAUCAAGAAGCACUCCUUUAUGGACCAGCAAUCAAAAAUGAUUAAAAAUUAGAUAGAAUUCGGAUGACUCAUACAUCAUUAAGCUGAAAUAAUUUUAGUAGCAUAGAACUAACACAACAGAAAUCAGUUACAUUAUAAUACAAUUUAAAUGAGGUAUAAAACUUUCUUGUCUGCAAUUUUUAGUCAGACUCUUCUA